AUGAUUGAUCGGACAAGCUCGCGAUAUGCUGGCUAUGAGCCUGGCUCACCCUAUGAAAGUGCCUGUCUAGAUGUUGACGAGCUUCACAGUCUUCAUUAUGAGCAGUAUGGGACUCCAGAUGGGCUUCCUGUUGUAUUUCUCCAUGGUGGACCCGGAGGUCAGAUUAGUGUCAAUAGCGCCAGAUUCUUCAACCCCGACGUGUAUAGGGUCGUUCUUUUUGACCAACGAGGAUCUGGACGCUCUACCCCGAAAAACGAACUUCGGAAUAACACUUCACAACAUCUAGUCGGUGACAUAGAGAAGCUGCGUAUUCAUCUUCGCAUUGAGAAGUGGCACCUGAUCUUCGGCGGCUCGUGGGGUACAACCCUGGGUCUCCUUUACACACAGACUCAUCCCGAUCGGGUCAAGUCUCUAAUCCUCCGAGGAGUUACAACAUUGCGAAAAACCGAGCUAGCUCACUCGCGAAGAGGAUUGAACGGCGCGGCUCGUGUCUUUCCUGACAUGUAUGAUCGUUUUGUGGGGUUUCUGCCGGAAAAUGAGAGGAAUGAUGUUAUUGCUGGAUACUAUAAUAGAUUGACGUCUGGGGAUUCCAAAAUCGCGUGUGCUGCUGCGAUGGAGUGGAAUCGAUGGGAUCUCACCUUGACGGCGCUUAGACGCGACACGGAAACCUACCAGAAGCUCGACGAUCCUGACUGGUGCUUCACGCACGCGUUAUUGGAGGCUCAUUAUUUCCAUAACAAUGCCUUCAUUGAGGAAGGGCAACUUCUGGCCAACAUGGACAAGAUGAGCGACAUACCUGGCGCUAUUGUGCAAGGCCGAUAUGAUCUCAUCACACCUCCCAAGACAGCGUGGGAGCUGCACAAGACAUGGCCACACUCAACAAUACACUGGAUUGAAGAUGCAGGUCAUGCUGCCACAGAGCCUGGAACUUUCUCAAGGUUAGUGGAAAUCUGUGAUGAUUUUGCUAAGCUCUGA